AGUAUAAUGUGAGGUUUGGAAGAGAACUACAAAUGAUACUGACCAGGAGUCCCUCCAUCACGACUAAGCAGGAGCUUCUUCAGAAAGAUUCAGAGAACUCCUACAGGUUUAGUCCGACGUCAGAAUGAUGACCCCUGCUUUCCUCUCUGUGGCUCUGCUGCUGCUGGUGCUGCUUCCUGGGGCCCCAGCUAGAAAGGACUCACCUGAAAGUGAUUCAGCUGAAAGCAAUUCAGAUGAAAGUAUUUCAGCUGAAAGCAAUUCAGAUGAAAGUAUUUCAGCUGAAAGCAAUUCAGAUGAAAGUAUUUCAGCUGAAAGCAAUUCAGAUGAAAGUAUUUCAGCUGAAAGUAUUUCAGCUGAAGUUGCACCAACUCCAAAUUGUGUAACUCCCUUCAGCAUCCUGGUGUCAAACUCUGUAACCAACGCUCCCAACAAGACCUACAGCACGUGUGUGGUUUCCAGAGGAAUCUUACUGGGAGGAAUGAGGAGACUGCAGGAAACAAACAAAGGGUUUAGGUUCACCUACACCGAGGAUCCCAACUACGGCCCAUAUCUGCAGAGUGUGAAUGGUUUGAAAGGCAGUACAAAGGACCGCACUUACUGGGAGCUGCUGGUCAAAAAAGCCAACGAAACCAUCAGACUUAAUGUUGGUAUUGGAGCUUUCAUUCCGAGUGAAAAUGACCAAAUCAUCCUGAAUUUUAAGGACUACUAAAGGAUCCGACGCCACUGGAAAUCAUCAUAAGAUCAAAGCCAGAUUCAACUGUAUUAUUAUGUAUUUCAUACAUUCAGAUAUAAAUAACAGCUUGAUACAUAACCCCUAAUGUAAACAAAAGAGGGGUUCGCAUUACGAUGUCUUGACUUUUUGAUGGUCUCAUGGGAAUCCACCUUCACUUUAAAUGUUCUGCUUGUAAUCAAAUAUUUCUUCUUUCCUAUUACUCAGGCAGUGGGAUUACAUAACACUAUACUCACUUGAACAUGCUUUGUGUGAAUCUUUCUGUACCAGGAAACAAACAAUAAAAUAUCCUUUACAUCAUU